GCGAAAGGAAGCUCAGAGAUUUGGACAGGCGCGCGCGUGGCGAUAGUUUGUCGCUCGCACCUGUUCCCGCUCCGGCUCAUCUCGGGAGUGAUCGGCUAUGGCGUCGCAGCGGACCGUGGCGGUGCCGGCGAGAUGCGCCGCGACGUGGGCGGAGGAGCGGCGGCCGUUCACGGACCCGAUCGAGAUCCCGGCGGCCUCGGGCGCGGCGAGGCGGGAUAUUGACAGGGAGGACGGGGAGGGCGACUACGGCGGCGGCGGCGAGGUGGUGCCGCCGCACGUUCUCCUGGCGCGGCGGAGGGCGGCGUUCUCGAUGUGCUCGGGGCAGGGGCGGACGCUCAAGGGCCGGGACCUCCGCCGCGUGCGCGACUCCGUCCUGCGCAUGACCGGCUUCAUCGAGAGCUAGCUAGCCAGCGCGCCGCGGCGGCGGCGGCGGCCAUGCGAGACCACUGGGCACUGGCCGCUCUCGCCACGGUCUGAUUAGUUGGUUAAUAACUUAAUAUCAUAUCUGCGACACAUUUUCCUCGAUGGCAUUUUGUAAAUUGGUUCGAAAUGUGAGGUCAAUAAAUACUUCUGUUGAUGGAUGCAAUCAUGCAAACGUAUCGUGUACAUGCACAGAUUGAUUAGACAAACAAAUAAAUGGUGCUUGUCAAAAUGC